UCAAUCAAGAACAAGAAAAUGAAAUGAAACCCAUAUAACUAAAUGAACACUCACGGGUCCUCUUUCCACGCUCCUCUCAUUUUAGAUACGAGUAGCUAGCUAGCCAAUAUCAAUUCAUCCCCAUAUUCAUUUCUCCGGAGCAACAACAAUGGCAAAGGGCAUAACCCUGUCUAUCUUCUUCCUCCUCUUCAUCACAUUCAUCUCCUCCACAGACGCCCUUAUCCACCACAGGAUCCCAAGAAGCCAGCUCAAGAGGAGGCUUGUGAAGCCCUUAUUAACAGCAGCAGCAUUGCCUGCAAUGCAGAUGAAACCUUUUGUUCCCCAAUAUGAUUGGAUCCAACAAGACUUUCUCAGGGCUCACAACGAUUUCAGGGCGAAGGUGGGAUCCCCUCCCCUGCAAUGGGACUCCACCCUGGCCAAGUUCGCCCACGAUUGGGCGGUCCAACGAAAGAAUGACUGCAACUAUAGGAUCCACUCCAGGAAUGGCAAAUAUGGGGAAAACAUUUUUUGGCAGCUCUACAGAGAGUCCACCCCCCGGGAUGUGGUCCGGACCUGGUUCCAGGAGCAAAAGCAUUUCGAUCACAGGAGAAACGUCUGCGUUUGCAAGCCCGAGAGGGGCGGGUGUGAAUGCGGACACUACACUAAUCUCAUAUGGAAAUCCACCAAGAAAGUUGGUUGCAGUACUUUUGUUUACUGCAACAAUCAGAAAGGUGUCUAUGUUGUCUGUUCCUAUUAUCCUAAGGGGAAUAUUAUUGGUAAAAACCCCCUGGCCUGAAUCCUUUCUAAGGAUGUCAGAACCAUUUGUUUUUGUGAAUGUAAUUUGAAAACAAUAUAAUUGUCAAAAAGAAAUCAAACCCAUCUUUGUUCUUUGAUUGCUAA